AUGAAUCUUGCAGUUCAUUAUCAAUGUAAGAAUGCAGUAAUAAUUCGAUCCAUCUUUAUUAAAUUUCUAAAAAACAAAAAGAUGCAUACAAAAACAGUGUGCCUCAUGGCACUGUUGUUCAUGUUUGUUUCCAGUUCCUGGUCCUUAAGGUUCAAUGAAAGAUUCGAAAAAGCAGUGAUAUGUCUCUGUGAUAAUACCACAAUGUCUUACUACGACUUUAGUAAUGUAAAGCCAGCUCUCAGCGAUCCACGUUCAUACUAUCUCGAGAUGAACGAUACCAAAGUAAUUGUCAAGGUAACAGGAGCCAACUUGCCAUUGGUCGUCGGUUCCAAAAUCCCAUACAAAGCAGUACUCGACAACAACCACAAGUACUUUGAUUUCACUGGAAGACAAGAUAUCAACGUUCUUCUCCACCAAUCGUGCAGCCAAUCACCAUCGAAUGUCACCUUUGAUUUCUUGACACCAAUGAACGAUACCUUCUUAGUGUUGUUUGGUAUAUCCGACAGUGAUCUCCUUCAAAUGAACGCCUGGGAUGCCUACGGAAUGCCAAUCAAUUUGUUGAAUUGGAACACCAUUGACCAUGGAUUCCUUCACCCCAGUGGAAUGAAUGCUGCUUUCCUCUCAAACCAAGCCGUCGGAGGAAAAGGUUCACUGAUGUUCAACGGAACAUCGUCCAACGUCAAGAGCUACGUCAUCGUGAAGCCUAAUAUCUCUGUCUCUAAAAUUACUUUCACAUUGUCCUCUGUUUGCCAACCACCAAGCUGUAUGGGUCUAAACAUGAUGUAUGCCUUCAUCAAGGGUAAAUGUAUCGAUACCACUACCCCAACUCCAUCGCCAACUAGAUCACCAACUCCAACUCCAUCGCCACCACCCCUCCACCGUUAUGCAUUGAACGGAACCUUCUACUACGAUAGAAACGAAAAUGGUCGACAAGAUCCAGAGGAUCUUCCAAUUUCAAACAUGCAAGUAAUGGCUACCAGAGCAUCCGAUGGAAGACAAAUCACUGUAGUAACCAACAACAACGGUGUCUACACUCACAGAGGACUUCCAGAUGGAACCUACAUCCUCGGUCCACGUAUGUCCCAAGGUGUCAUGUCCACCGUCAAGACUGGACCCAAUGGAAAUAUACUCAAUCCAGCGACUGCCAUGAGUGACCCAGUUGUUCUCACCAACACAACCGCCGGACUUAUUACUCUCUCUGAGAAUAGUUUCCUUCUCAACGGUCUAAACGGAGCCAUCAAGAUUCAAAAACUCGGAAUCAUGGGUGUUGUUUGCACUGACAAAGAUGGAGACGGUAAAAUGACACCAAUCCUUGACAAUGGAAUCGAUGGUAUCACCGUUGAACUCUAUGACCAGAAUAACAAGUUAAUCAAUACCACCGAAACUCGUUCCGUUGGACGAUGGAUGUUUGAUAACGUACCAUUAGGAAAGUACAGCGUCCAAAUUAAAGUACCGGACGGAAUGAAAUCUACCUCCACUGACUACCCAACCGGUAAGAUCUCCAACAUUGAUGCCAACAAACAAAAUCCUCAAUCGGUUGCAGUUCCACAAGGACUUGGAUGGGAAUCCGAUAUUGCAAUGGGUCCAUACACCGUUUGCUUACAAGUAAUUCAUAUUUAA